AGCCUCACUCCACAACCUCAUUAGGUGCACUGUCAAUAAGAGUUGUGUGUAGGAGCCAACCUAUGGCCAAAAAGUCAACGAAGUCUUCUUCUUUAUAUAGGUUUGAAUAAAUAAAUAUAUCCACACAGAUGCAACGGAAACAUGUAUAAUAAAGCAGGUUAUUUGUUGUAUACAUGUGGACUUAUGAAUGGCUGAAUGCUGCAUCAAGAAAAUCAUUAAACGAAAUCAAGGGUCGCAUCUCACGAAAACAAAAAAAUAUGUAGACAAAGAAACCCCGUGCCAUUCUUCUUAAUCAACAGGUCAUCGUGGAGCACUUGAUACAACGUUGAAACUACUCCAAGACCACGACUGGGACGGGAAGAGGUUAACGAUGCCACUGCAUUUGUCGGCAAAGAAAAAGUCCGAUGGCUGAGAGCGCACAAAACCAACGUGUCCGCAAUAUAGAUCGGCCUCUUUCCACAACAUGGCUGCCCAAAUCUCCAAGAAGAGAAAAGUAGUCGCUGACGGUGUCUUCUAUGCUGAAUUGAACGAAUUCUUGACCCGCGAGUUGGCCGAAGAUGGCUACGCCGGUGUCGAAGUUCGCAACACCCCCGCACGUACUGAAAUCAUUAUCCGUGCUACCCACACCCAAAACGUUCUUGGUGAGAAGGGCCGCCGUAUCCGCGAAUUGACCACUCUUGUCCAGAAGCGUUUCCGUUUCUCUGAGAACGCUGUUGAAUUGUACGCCGAACGUGUCCAGAACCGUGGUCUGUGUGCCAUUGCCCAGGCCGAGUCUGUCAAAUACAAGUUGUUGAACGGUCUUGCCGUCCGUCGUGCCUGCUAUGGUGUCGUCCGCUUCGUCAUGGAGUCUGGCGCCAAGGGUUGUGAGGUCGUUGUCUCUGGUAAGCUCCGUGCUGCCCGUGCUAAGGCCAUGAAGUUCGGUGAUGGUUUCAUGAUUCACUCUGGUCAGCCUACCCGCGACUUCAUCGUCACUGCUGUCCGCCACGUCUUGUUGCGCCAGGGUGUCCUCGGUAUCAAGGUCAAGAUCAUGUUGGAUAGCGAUCCUUCUGGUCGCCAGGGCCCCAAGAACCCCUUGCCUGAUGUUAUCACCAUCCUCGAGCCCAAGGAUGAGUCCUACAUCGAGGAACCCGUCAGCCAGGAUUUCGGCAGACCCGCAGAACCCGUUGCUGAAGCACCCGCUGUGGAAGCUCAGUAACCUGCAUUAUUUCAAAUGAAAUAAAUCAAAACAAAAUUCAUGUACAUUUUACUCAAUUUGUGAUCGAGCAUCUGAUGUUUUCAUGGGGGUG